AUGAAUGAGAAGUACAAGCUACUAAAGGAGACUCAUCAUCUGGAAUUCCAAAAGUCAUUGGUGAUACUGCGGUCGCAAGUAGCAGCCUUAACGUCUGAUGAAACGAGCAGUCAAGCACGAUCCAGUCACACGGAUCUUCGAAUUCCUUCAAUGUUGCAACAACGAAAUCACGCUUCUGCUUCACAGAAUGGUGCAAUAAUUUAUGGUAUUAGACCGACUGUUAAUAGC